CGGAGGCCGAGGAGUCCCAGCCCGGGCUCAGUCUCUGCCCCUGCCGCCCGCCGCUCGCCGCCCGCUGCCGCCGCCGCCUUGAACAUGGAGCCCCCAGACGCGCGGGCUGGGGCGCGUAGGGCCCCGCGGUUGCUGGUGCUCGCGCUCCUGCUGGCGGCGCACCCAGGUUCCAAGGCUGAGGUCCGCCUGUCUGUGCCCCCCCUGGUGGAGGUGAUGAGGGGGGAGUCUGUCACUCUGGACUGCAGCCCCUUGGGGACCCAUGACUAUUUCAUGCUGGAAUGGUUUCUGGUCGACCGCUCCUGGGCUCGCCACCGCCUGGCCUGGGCCGAGCUGCAUGGGUCCAAGCUCUGGGACAAAGACCUCAGCUCCCAGGGCCGCAGCCCCCCGUACCAGCUGGACUCCAGGGGGCGCCUGGUGCUGCCUGAGGCCCAGGUGGGUGACGAGCGCGACUACGUGUGCGUGGUGAAGACGGGGGCAGCAGGCAUUGCUGAGGCCACCGCCAGGCUCAGUGUGUUUGCCAAACCAGAGGCCCCGGAGGUCUCCCCCAACAAAGGAACCCUGUCUGUGAUGGAUGACUUUGCCCAGGAGAUAGCCACUUGCAGCAGCCGCAACGGGAACCCAGCCCCCAAGAUCAUGUGGUAUCGGAACGGGCAGCCCCUGGCCGUGCCCCUGGAGGUGAACUCCGAGGGCUACAUGACCGCCCGCACCGUCCGGGAGGCCUCCGGCCUGCUCUCUGUCACCAGCACCCUUUACCUGCGGCUCCACAAGCCCGACCGGGAGGCCAGCUUCCACUGCUCCGUGCACUACCACCUGCCCGCCGGCCAGCAUGGCCGCCAGGACAGCCCUUCCUUCUCCCUCACCCUGCACUAUCCCACAGAGAGCGUGCUGUUCUGGUUGGGCAGCCAGUCCAUUGCCGAGGGCUGGGUCCGCGAGGGUGACUCUGUCCAGCUGUUGUGCCAGGGGGAUGGCAGUCCCAGCCCAGAGUACACGUUUUUUCGGCUUCAGGACAAGCAGGAGGAUGUGCUAAAAACAAGUCUUGAGGGGAACCUGACACUGGAGAGGGUACAGCGGAACCAGAGCGGGACCUAUGGCUGCAGGGUGGAGGACUACGACGCCCCCGAGGACGCAGAUCUCUCCAAAACUCUGGAUCUGCGUGUGGCCUACCUGGACUCCCUGGAGCUCAGCACAGGGGAGGAGCUUUCCUUAUCUCUGAGUAACAGCACAACCGUGACCUGCUCUGCACGAGGCCUGCCCACCCCGAUCCUACACUGGACCAAGGACUCAGCACCCAUGGGGGAGGACCCCACACUCUCCCUCCACUCCGUCACCUUCGAUUCCGCCGGCACAUACACGUGUGAGGCCUACAUGCCCAAUAUCCCCCUCCUGAGUCGCACCCGGAGCUUCAGGCUGCUGGUUCAAGGGACACCAGAGUUAAAGGCAAAGGAGACUCAGCCCAAGGCCGAAGGCAGCUGGACCGAAGGAGAGAAAGUCACCCUGAUCUGCUACGCCCGCGGCUACCCGGAGCCCAAACUCACCUGGAGCCAGUUGGGCGGCAGCCCCACAGAACCAGCCCCUGGAGGCCAGGGCUGGGUGAGCAGCUCCCUGACCCUGAAGGUGACCAGUGCCUUGAGCCAAGACGGCGUCUCCUGUGAGGCCUCCAACCCUCUCGGGAACACCCAUCACGUCUUCCACUUUGGAACCGUGGCCCCCCAGACCUCCCAGGCUGGCGUGGCGGUCAUGGCCGUGGCCAUCAGCGUGGGCCUCCUGCUCCUCGUCGUUGCUGUCUUCUACUGCAUGAGACGCAAGGGGCGGCCCGGCUGCUGCCGGCGGAGCGAGAAGGGGCCUCCGCCACCUGGGGAACCCAAGUUGAGCCACUCAGGAAAAGAGCAGCCAGAGCAGACAGGCCUUCUCAUGGGGAGUACCUCUGGAGGAUCCAAGCAUGGGAGCAGGGGCUUUGGAGAUGAGUGUUGAGCCUGAGGACCUUCCCAGAGGCAGUCAUUGAACCCGACCCGGAGUGGCAAGCAUCAGAAAACCAGCCCUGCUCACACCUCCGCCUGCCCCCACGUUCCUGGCCUUCCCUCUUCCCUCUCUGGGCCCUCCCUUCCUUCCUCUGUGGGCUGGGCAGGGAUCACAGCGGCCUGGGAGGGAGGGGACCUUCCUCCAGGGAUUGUGACUCUCCCAGGCCCCAGAAUAGCUCCUGGACCCGAGCCCAAGUCCUGGCCUGGGACGAGGCUCGAGGGUCGCUGGCUGGGGCUAUUUUUACCUCCUGCCUCCAUUGCUGGUCCCCGCCUCCCACCUGACGUCCUGCUGCAGAGUCUGACACUGGAUCCCCGCCCCCUGCCCUGACCCCAUCGUCUGUGGACACUGGAGUCUGGAAUAAAUGCUGUCUGUCACCUGGACACCA